AUGUCUAGAUUUUCUCGACUGGUUCUCCUCGCAUCGGGCGUCUUACCGCUUGCCUUCGGGCAGCUGGAGACGAUUAGCGUCAUCACUCCUGGUGUUACUCCAGUUAGUUCAAGCUCAUCGACGAGUUUGACCCCAUCUUCAUCCUCCGGUGCGACCUCGUCGGCUUCAACCCCUCUGCCUACAUCCUCGGCCACUGCCACCACCCCUGGGGAUCCGUUGGUGCUCACCACCGUGUUCACCCAACCGCCGGGAUGCGCUGGCGGUAUGACCGAGGUGGCCUCGUGGUCAACUGAGCUCUGGCAAAAUAUCGUCAAUCCAGUUCCAACCUUAACUCUUUCAUCCUGCUAUCCCAGCCAGUUCUCCUAUAGUGCGGUGGCAACUGCCAUUUUGCCCCCCUAUUCCCAGCUGGUUUGUCCGAAGGAUUGGGAGACGUACAAUGUCACGGACACAUACCUCAUUUGUUGCCCAAGUGGCUAUGGCGUUUUCGCGCCCAAUUACCAGAACAAAACGCGGCCCGGACUGGGGGCCGUCUGCACUUCCAGUAUCUGGCCCAACGUGCUGAUGGACAUUACGAGCUACGAUUCCACGGGUGCAGUGACCGUCAUUCCCACCGUCGCCGGGGAUGACGGGGCCAUCGUUUUCGCAACGGCUUUCGAUGGAACGAGAGCUACUGCGUUGGCCUCGUCCACGCCUACGGGUUCCUCCACUUCCCCCUCCAGCUCCACCUCGGUGCCCGAGACAACAACCGUUCCCACAACCUCUACUGGCUCAACCACAUCGAUUUCAACCACAAGCACCGCCACCCUAACCGCAAUAGCGCAACUCCCAUCAUGCGGCCAAACCUGCUUCAACAACAUGCUUGCCCAGUACGACAGCCUCGGCUGCACAACAUCCGAUCCGUCCUGCCUCUGCCGGAACAUCAACUUUUACUAUGGCAUCCGAGACUGUGCCAAUGCCGCCUGCGGGACUCCCGUGGCUAGCACUGUCCUGGCCUUUGAGAGCGGCUACUGCAUGUCGGCCAUUGCCGCCGAAACUACAUAUCCCAUGACUAGCAUCACGACUGUUACGUCUACCUCGACCGUUCCUUCCGCUAGUCCCACCGCGAUCUCCGAUCUCCCCGCCUGCGGUCAGACCUGUUUCAACAACAUGCUGGGCCAAUACUCGUCCCUCGGGUGUAGCAGUGCUGAUCCCUCGUGUCUCUGCAAGAAUAUUAACUUCUAUUACGGGAUCCGUGACUGCUCGAAUGCAGMGUGUGGUAACGAGGUGGCAACCACCGUCCUGUCGUUUGAAAGUUCCUACUGCGCUUCUGCUACAGCCGCUGCCACCGCCAAGUAA